GAAGAAUGGAGCUACGCAGAAAUGUGGAAGACUUUUUUACAAUUUGGAAGGGUUUAUGCUAUAUACAGCCCGAGAAGGAGGAACAGGAACGGUAACAGAUUUGGCUUUGUGCGUUUUCUGGAUGUCAUAGACAAAAAGGAGCUGGAAAGGAAACUUGAUCAGAUCUGGGUUGGUGAUCGUAAACUGUGGGUGAACAUUCCACGUUUUGAUGCUAUGCAAAAAAAGGAGAAGGUGCGUAGAAAUCCCCAAGGUGAGGAUCUGAGAUUGCCUCAUAACCCGCGGCCAAUCAUACACGGAAGAAGUUUUGCUGAUGUGGUGAAAGGUUCGCGAGGCACGGAUAGUAGAAUGGUUUGGCAAGAAAAAGGACCAGGGGAGAUCUGGCAAGGCAUGGAGUAUAAGGUAACACCUGAAGAUAGCUCAUGGCUUGAGGGAACUUAUGUGGGAACUAUCCAUUCUGUUGAGAUGGUCAGGAACUUACAGGAGAAAUUCUACAUGGAGGGCUACUUUCAUUGUCGAAUUCGAGCCAUGGGGGGUAAGCUGGUACUGCGGGACUGUGAAGACAAAGAGGAGUUGAAGGACCUGGUCGAGAUGGCUUCGGAAUGGCUUGGACAAUGGUUCGAAGAGGUCCAGCCGUGGUCUCCAAAUAAGAUAGCUCAGGAGAGGUUUGUGUGGAUUCGUUGCCAAGGAGCUCCAUUGAACGUUUGGGGAUCAGAUUUUUUUGAAAAAAUGGGGCGCUCAUGGGGGGGGCACUGGAUGGAUUGGGUUAGGAAUGGUGCAGGGGCCUGUUCUUCUUGGUGGAGAGAUGUCAGAAGGAUUGAUAAAGCAGAAGGGGAAUUCAUAGGGUGGUUAGCAGAGGGCUUUAGAUUGAAGGUAGGAGAAGGGAAGGAAGUAAGCUUCUGGUGGGACGAGUGGUGCGGGGAGAUUUGUCUAGCAAACAAAUUCCCGAGAUUGUAUCUUUUAUCUGAAGGAAAGGAGAAAGAGUGCAGCAAAAUGGGAUCUAUGUGCAAUGGAACGUGGAAAUGGAAUCUUACAUGGAGAAGGAAGUUGUUCGAAUGGGAAGAAGAGGCAGCAAAGGAACUUAGUACGAUGAUUGAAGGUGUGAAGAUAUAUCCUGGACGACCUGAUGAAUGGGAGUGGAUUCUUAGCAAGGAUUCUCGUUACUCAUCCAAGACGGCGUACUCGCUCUUGACAAAGGUGCCGAGGUGCCUGACACAAGAAAAAGUCUUCAGGAGAGUAUGGAACCCCAUCCUUCCGACCAAGAUUUCAGCCUUCAACUGGCGACUGAUGCUCAAUAGACUGCCAACCAAAUCUAACUUGUUGAAAAGAGGAUUUAGCGUAAUCAUGGGUGAUGGCAAUUGCAGCCUGUGUCAAGAAGAGAGAUACAAGAGGACUGCUGGAAGACAUUUGAGCAGCCUGGGGUGUGGUCCAGAAACACGAGGAUCAGAAAAGGAUGGGAUUGUACCUGGAGUGCAACGGUGGUUUUUUCUCGUCACGGGUAUGGUGUCGACACUUUGUGAGGGUGUCGACACCCUGCUUCUUCACUAAUGUAAAUGUAGGCUUUUCAAUCAGUUUUGUUAAGGGUUUGGGGUACCCCUUGUACUCCGUUUAUUAAUAUAUAUAUCCUUUGCUGUUCAAAAAAAAAAAAGCAGCAUUACAUUCUGUAGGAUGUUGUCAAGCUCCUUUGUUUUUUCUUGUUCCCAUGUGUAGAGUUCUCGGUUCCACUGAGGAUUCCACUUCCAUAUUCCUUUCUGCCAACAUCCCAUUUGGUUUAGCUUGUUAUUUUUACCUGUAGAGAUCAAAAAUAAUCUUGGAAAUAUGUU